GAACGGAACAAAAGGCGUUCAUGAGGGAGUGACACGAGUUCACGCACGUUUUCUUUAUUUGCUUUUUGCAGUGCGUAUGAAGACAACUUUCGGGACAGAAUAUGGACGAACCGGGACUCUGUCCUCAGCCGAACUUCGGCUGCCUCCCUCCGGCCUCCAUCCUGCAGGAGCAGCGCCUCUCCAGCAGCUUCCAGCUCUCCACGUGGACCUGCACCCAGACGCUCUCCGUGCGCAGCUGGGCCUACGGCGGCACUCUGGCCUCGUACCACCGAGCAGCGGCAUGGACAGCAUACGGUCCCCCGUCGGGUCUUGGAAUCCAUGGACUACAACGUCCUUACAGUCAAAACUUUGGUCAUGAGUUGCAUCAAGGUGGAAGACAGAGCUAUGGACCCCCCAAUCAUCAUGGGAAAAGGAAGAAAGAGCCAGAGUAUUCCCAUUUCUGUGACACCUGUGACCGGGGCUUCAAAAACCAGGAGAUGUACGACGAACAUGUUUCUCAGCAUGUCAAGUGUUCUGAGCCCGACUGCAGCUUCAUGGCUCAUGAAAAACUCGUCAGCAUCCACUGGAAAAAUAGUCAUGCACCAGGAACCAGAAGAAUCAAGCUGGAAACACCAGAGGAAAUUGCAAAAUGGAGAGAGGAGAGACGCAAAAACUAUCCAACACUUCAGAAUGUUGAGAAAAAGCAAAAAGUCAUGGAGGUGCGAGAGGAGACGGGAGGUGUUCUAGAAACUGCUCAGUUUGGACGGAUGAGAGGCAGAGGUCGAGGUCAUUGGUGGGGAAAUAGAGGGUUCCAACAGCGACACCCACAAGUUCCUCACCCGUCUGACAGCGGUGCCACACAGAGGCCUCACCCCCUCACCCAGCCUGGCAGGGAUGUGGAUCCACUGGGAGCACUGGCCGGCAGUGACCAUGAUUCAGACAAAGAGGACCAAGCUGCUGAGUCCAGGACUGGUGGUUUGAUUGUAGCCCCUAAACAGAUGACCUCAGCUCUUGGCUCCCUGAUGACAAACUAUGGCUCCAUGAGUGAGAGCGAAGAGGAGCCAGAGGCCAUGCCCAUUCAGAGAGCUAAAGAGCUGGUGCAAGAGAACCAAGACCUCCUAAAGGGACUACCACCAAACCCUCAUGACAGAGAACCCUUUAGAGGUGUGGAAAUGUCCUCAGUGGGUGCAGAAGGUCACAAAGUUUCCCACUUUGGCCUUCACAUGAACAGCAGAAGAGGAAGAGGGGGAAGAGGAGGCAGGGGAGGAAGAGGAGGCAGACACCAAGACGCACCGCAGACACGUCGGCCCACUUUACUGGAGAUGUUAUUGGCCCUGGAUAUCCGCCAAGAGAGGAACGUCCUCCUGCAGUGUGUACGCUAUAUUGUCCGAAACCACUUCUUUGGGCUGGAGAGCAGACCUCAGAACCAGGAGGAGAUCAAGCCCAAAGACUUGGCAGCUAUUCCAAUUGGAGAGCAAAAAGAAGAAGAAGGGAAGGAAGAGGGAUCAGAGGAAGGCCAGGCUGUGGAGGAGAGACCCUCACCAGAAUGUGGCACAACAAUCCAAGAAGUCCUGGAUGGUUUCGAAACUAAUAAAGUCAUCGAACAGGACCAGGGAGCACCGAGUGACCAGGUGUGCGCAGAACAAUCUAAUGAUCCUGUUGUGGAAACUGCAGGAGAGACAUCCAGCAGAGAAUCCUCCAGUCAUGAUUUGACAGAUAAAAUCACAUCUACCUGUAAUAUGUAUGAUGAUGAAAUACGGGAGAGCUCCGGUGCUGUACUGUGAAAUCAGAGGAAGUUGCUAUAUGAUUUAUCUAUACAAUUUGGAUUUGUUUCAUAAAACUGAGGCAUUUGUUAUUCGGAUCAAAUGUGCAUCUUUUUCCAGAGAAAUUUUUUUUCUGUGAUUUUUUUUUUUUUUUUUGAAUGCGAUGAAUGGACGCAUAAUGUAAAGACAUUUUUUUUUCUCUUGUAAAAUAAAUAACUGUGUUGAUAGCA